AUGGCCGCCGACACUACCCCCGCUGCUCAGAAGAAGCCCGCCGGUAAGGCUCCCGCCGGAAAGGCCCCCGCCGAGAAGAAGGAGAAGAAGGUCGCUGCUCCUGGCGAGAAGAAGAAGGGACGCAAGGUCAGGAAGGAGACUUACUCUUCUUACAUCUACAAGGUCCUCAAGCAGGUCCACCCCGACACCGGUAUCUCCAACAAGGCCAUGUCCAUCCUUAACUCUUUCGUCAACGACAUCUUCGAGCGUGUCGCGACUGAGGCCUCCAAGUUGGCUGCUUACAAUAAGAAGUCCACCAUCUCUUCAAGGGAGAUCCAGACUUCUGUUCGUUUGAUUUUGCCUGGAGAGUUGGCUAAGCACGCCGUUUCUGAGGGAACUAAGGCUGUUACCAAGUAUUCUUCUUCCUCCAAGUAAACGCCUGCUAUCAAUGGCGAAUUGGAUUGAAGAUAGG